AUGGCCGACACUGGAGUUCUGCCUUUCGUUCGCGGAAUCGACUUCACUAAAAAUGAUUUCAAUAAUGACAGAUUUCCUUACCAUGUCACUGAAAUGGUGGGUCUGCGCUGGUUGAGAUUGAACAGGACACAACUGGAUGUUGUUCCUUACGAACUUCAAAAUCUCAAAAAACUUGAAUCAUUAUCACUGAACAGAAAUAACCUACGGGACAUCCACACGGAUAUAUGCAACUUGCCAAAUCUAAGGAUCCUGUACUGCCGACACAACAAGUUGAAGAAUGACGGAGUGCCCCAGGAUCUAUUCAACCUUGAGGAUUUAUCUGUCAUUGAUCUCGGUCACAAUCAGUUGAAAGAGAUACCGGCCGGACUCGAGAAUGCCAAAAAUCUUCUCGUCCUAAAUUUAAAUCACAACAAUAUCGAGAGUAUUCCAAAUCCGUUGUUCAUCAACCUGACUGAUCUAAUCUACCUUGAUCUUGGAAAUAAUAAAUUAGACACUCUCCCGCCACAAAUGAGACGUCUGGUAAACUUGAAAUGCCUCAUCCUGAACAACAACCCCCUCACACACGCCAACCUGAGGCAGCUACCUUCGUUGUCAACACUCGAGCUUCUCCAUAUGAGCAACACUGCUCGCACCAUCAACAACUUCCCCGCCAGCUUUGAAUCUCUUUCUAAUCUUGCCGAUUUGGACUUGUCAUUCAACGGCUUUCCAUCUGUCCCUGAAUCCAUUUAUAGGAUUAGAACUCUGGUUCGUCUGAAUAUCAGUGAUAAUGAAAUCACUGAUCUAUCUACUAUGAUUGAAUUCUGGAGCCAGCUUGAGUACUUGAACGUCUCACGCAACAAACUUUCUGAGCUACCCGCUUCUCUCUGCAAGCUUUCCAACCUCCGGAAGUUGUACGCCAACAGCAACAACAUCGACUUCAACGGCAUUCCCGCUGGCAUUGGCAAGUUGCAUAGCCUGGAAAUUUUCAGUGCUGCCAAUAAUAACCUGGAGAUGAUUCCGGAAGGUGUUUGUAGAUGUGGCAGACUGAAAAAACUUAUCCUAACCGGAAACAAACUGAUAACACUUCCAGACGCCAUCCACUUCCUCACUGACCUUGAACUUCUCGACGUCAAUGACAACCCGAAUCUCGUUUUCCCGCCAAAACCCCCUGAACUCAUUAAAGGGUCGGGAAUUGAGUACUACAACAUCGAUUUCUCGUUGAGUCAUCAACUCCAGCUGGCUGGGGCCGCACCCCCUCCCACCACUGAAGAAACUCCAAGUCUGAUUUUUUUUUCUUGGAAGAGAGAUGUGCACGCUCGGAUGAAGAGGUUGAGGAAAAGAAGAGAUACUGAUGAGACAGAUGAGAGUGCUAAAGUCCUUAAGGGCAUGCAAGAUGUGGCAAAGGACAAAGGUCGUAUUGAUCCUGGUGGGGCUGCCAAUGGCGAACCAAUCAAGGGGAAAAAGUGGGAUGAGAAUCUUGAGAGGCCCAACCUGAACUACUGUGACCUGUUUGAUGAGGAUGUAGGCCAAGUUGAAGGUAUUUCCUGUUGGGAGAUGGACAAUUUCUUACCUAAUUUAUUAUCCGAAGCGCUGCAUGGAAAGUUUUAUGAUGCGGAUUGUUACAUCGUCCUAAAGACAACAAUCGACGAGAAGAGCAACUACCAAUGGUCCAUCUGGUUCUGGAUUGGUCAGAAUGCCUCCCUGGACAAGAAGGCGGCGGCAGCCAUCCACGCAGUUCACCUCCGCAACUUCCUGGGGGCAGAGUGUAGGACGAUAAGAGAGGAACAAGAUGACGAGAGUGACGAAUUCUUGGACCUCUUCGAGAAUGGUCUGCUGUAUAUUGAAGGGGGCAGGACUACCUGUGGGUUCUUCACCGUCGAAGAAACUGUGCACCAGAACAGAUUGUACAAAGUUUCAGAACAGCUGACUCUGACCUUGGAUGCUUGUCCACUUGAAGUACAAACCCUGGACCACCGGCACGUCUUUAUAGUGGAUUGUGGUAAGAUUAUCUAUGUCUGGAUGGGUAGAAAGUCCAAGCUGAUGAUCAGAUCCAAAGCCAGAUUAAUAGCAGAGAAGAUGAACAAGAAUGAAAGAAAAGGUCAGACGGAGGUUGUAGGGGUCAACCAAGGUUUAGAGGAGGCGGAGUUUUGGGAGAUUUUUGGAGGGCCUCCUCUAUCCCCCAUCAUGGAGAGCUCGUACGACGUACAUGCCAUCAUGCCACCCCCCGUUCUCUACAGGGUUGGCCUCGGUAUGGGGUAUCUUGAACUCCCCCAAGGUAUGUAUGUAUGUGUGUUUGAACUUCCACAUGGAAUUCUCGAACAAAGCGUUUUAGACACGAAAGGUGUCUUCAUUCUCGACUGCUACACAGAUGUCUUCAUAUGGAUAGGUAGGAAGUCCUCGAGGUUGGAGAGAGCGGCAGCGUUGAAGUUGUCCCAGGAGAUACAUGCACUCAUUAAGCGACCCUCCUACGCCGGUGUCACCAGGUGUCUCGAAAAAACAGAGCUGCAGACGUUCAAGAGCAAGUUCAAGGGCUGGGAUGACGUCAUACCAGUGGACUACACGAGAACAUCUGAGUCCGUUAUCAGGAGGGGAGCAGACCUCAAGGUGAUAAUGGAGCGAGAUAAAAUAAAGGUCGACUUAUCAGCUCUGUUCAUGUCCAGACAGCCAGCAAUGACCAUCGAGGAAGCUGAUCAGCUGAUGCAGGAGUGGAAUGAUGACCUGGACGGCAUGGAGAGUUUCGUUCUGGAGGGCAAAAAGUUUGUCAGACUGCCUGAAGAGGAGAAAGGUCAGUUCUACACCCAGGAUUGCUACGUCUUCCUCUGCAGGUACUGGGUGCCAGCCGAACCUGCAGGCGAUCCCAAGAAGUCUGCAGCAAAUGGAAAUGAGGAUGACGCGAUAAAUGAGGAGGAAGAGGAGGAUGAGGAGGAGUUGGAGGAUGACUUCAAAUGUGUCGUUUAUUUCUGGCAAGGAAGAGAUGCUGGCAACAUGGGGUGGCUCACUUUUACGUUCAGCCUGCAGAAGAAGUUUGAGGCGCUCUUUGGAGACAAGCUGGAAGUUGUCAGGACUCACCAGCAACAGGAGAACAUAAAACUCCUGUCCCACUUCAAGUACAAGUUCAUGAUACACCAGGGCAAACGCAAGCAAACCCAGCUGGACGAGAACGGUAAGCUGCCCGUCACCAUGUACCACCUGAGAGCCAAUGGUAGCCCGCUCACCCUGAGAUGUAUACAGAUUCCAGCUACUGCUUCCAACUUGAAUUCUGCCUUCUGUUACCUGUUGAAAGUUCCGUUCAACAGUGACGAUCAGCAGGGUAUCGUGUACGUGUGGAUCGGUAAGAGGGCUAGCCAUGAAGACGCCAAGAGUGCGGAGGAUAUGGCUGAAUCUAUUUUUGGGUCGACACACAGCAUCCAAAUCCUGAAUGAAGGAGAGGAACCGGAUAACUUCUUCUGGAUUGGGAUAGGUGGAAGGAAGAAGUACGAAACGGACGCUGAUUACAUGCAAUACGCCCGUCUCUUCAGGUGCUCUAAUGAGAAGGGCUACUUCUCUGUAUCUGAAAAGUGCUCUGAUUUCUGCCAGGAUGAUCUGGCCGAUGAAGAUGUGAUGAUACUGGACAAUGGAGAGCAGGUGUUUCUCUGGGUUGGCAGGAAGACGAGUGACGUGGAAAUCAAGCUGGCCUUCAAAAGUGCUCAGGUGUACAUCCAGCACAUGCGAAACAAGCAGUCUGACCAGCCACGCAAACUUCUCCUGGCUCUUAAGUACAUGGAGAAGCCAAACUUUACCAGAUUAUGAACGACCGUGAAAUGAUUUAAUUUUGAAUAAAAAUUGAUUUACAAAUUGUCUUCUCAUGUCUGCCGUUGCAUUUCGUCUAACAUAAUUGCAUUAGUAAUAGUAUUGCUAACGUCAACAACAUCAAUAAUAAUAAUAAUAGCUAUGGACUGUGCAUCUUUGACCUCACGUUUUCAUCUGUGAGGUCAAAGAUGUGUGACACCUUGUGACCAGGGGUGGAGAAGGGGUAGAAAAUCUUCUUAUUGGUGGCACCCCGUUCUGCCUUGCACUUUUUAACUUUCAACCGUAGGUUAAUAACAACUCUGAUUUGUAUCAGGAAAAGGUUAUCAAGUUUUAUUGUAAAAAGUUCUUUUUCACGUACGUGUUUCUUCACAUUCAAAGCCAUUUUACUACUACAGCUGAGUGAGUUGUCAGUCGUUGAACUCCUGACAUUGAUAGCUCGUACGACACUUUUAAAUGAAAACGAAAUUGACGAUGACAAUUAUAAUCAACAACAACAACAAUAAUAAUAAAGAUAAUAAUAAAGAUAAUA